AUGGCAAACGAAGACCUCACGUCGUCGGCGAAUGGAAAUUGGUGUUUGAUAGAAAGCGAUCCAGGUGUCUUCACUGAACUUAUCAGAGGUUUCGGUACAGACCGAGAGCAUCUCCGAUGCCUUGGUAAAUUAAUGGAUUACUUCGAAAAUAUUUACGUGAAGGUCAUCACAAAUGCAUGCGCAACACAAGCAAUCAUCAACAUUUUGAUGAAUAUAAAUGAUCAGAAUAUACAGCUUGGGGAAACACUUCUCACCUUUAAAUCUUUUGUUGAGGAUUUCGAUAGUACAAUGAAAGGACUUUCUUUAAGCACCUCUCAACAAAUCAGAACAGUCCAUAACAGCUUCAGUAGUUACCAGAUGUUUGAGUUUGAAGACAAGGUGUCUAAGAAACCCGAUGAUGUAUACCAUUUCGUUGGUUAUCUUCCUGUCAACGGUGUGCUGUACGAGUUAGAUGGCUUGAAAGAAGGUCCUAUCGACCAUGGAAAAAUACCAGGAGGUACUGCAUGGAUUGAUUUUGCCAGACCAAUACUUGAAAAACGUAUGAAUCAGCGCAUUGAUGGGAAUUUCAACCUCAUGGCAGUCGUCCCUAACAGACUUUCCAUCUAUCAAAAGCAGUGGGAGCAGAUGAAAGCCUCGAAAAACGUAAGUGUAUCACAGACACACAUAUAUACACGCCUAGUUAAGUGUCAAGUCAAGGAAGCGAAAAUUAAAGCUCAAGUCGACAAAGAAUGGGUAAACGAGACGCUUCUUGUGAUAUACCUUGCACAUCUUUUCAUCUUAAUUUUCUAA